AUGGGCUGGUUAGAAAAGCACCUACCCAGCCUUGAAGAGGCGACCUCCACCACCCCGCAGUUGCACGAGAACACCUCAUCCAAUCGCUUCAACGUGUCGCAUCCCCUGCCAUCAGCACCUCCUGCCAUGCAACCUCGACCCUACCAUAACUCUCUUACUCCCCUCCUUUCACCCCUUCGCCCUCAUUGCCUAGCUCGUGAUCGACUUAGGCUUUGGGUCCCUGCCACUUCUCGGUCACGCCUUGACCAUACGGGUUCGCUUGUCUCCUUGACGGACAGCAACAUAGAUCGCAUAUUGCUUGUCAUUGCCCACUGUCAUGCUCCGAGCACCCGGGAGUGUUAUGGCUCCAGUUUGCUUGUCUUUCAUGUUUUCUGUGACUCUCGAGGAAUUCCUGAGCAUCAACGUUGCCCAGCGUCUUCUGUACUGGUGUUAGCAUUUCUGGCCGGCUGCGCGGGUCUCUAUUCCGGAAAGACCUUGGAAAACUAUUUCUACGGCAUACACGCAUGGCACCUACUACAUGACUUACCUUGGUCAGUUGAUCAAGCGCAAGCGUCCUUAACAUUGGAGGGUGCCAAGUCCCUCGCUCCCUCGUCCUCGUCUCGCGCGAAACGUGCUCCCUUCACUGUUGCGCUGUUGCUGAUGAUUCACUCCAGUUUGGAUCUCUCGACACCCUUACAUGCUGCUGUGUAUGCGUGUUUAACUACAUCAUUUUUCACCAUCGCGCGCACCGGAGAAUUUACAGUACCUUCAUUGAAAAGCUUUGAUCGACAUCUCCAUGUAUCUGUCAGCGAUAUCCGUCACAAGGUCGACCGUCAUGGUUUCCAUGUUACAGUCUUCCGCUUGCCGCGCACCAACACAUCUUCCUCAGGUGAAGAUGUCUACUGGGCAGCACAGUCAGGUCUUGCCGACCCUCUUGCUGCUCUAAAUAAUCACCUUCACAUCAAUCAUCUGUCUCCUUCCGAUGCUCUUUUCAGUUGGCAACAUGGCACAGGUUUGCAUGCUCUCACUCGCACUGCCUUUCUGAAGUGUCUCAAAGAUGCGAGUGCCCAUUCAGGACAUGGAGACCUGAAGGGUCAUGGUAUCCGUAUUGGAGGGACUCUCGAGUAUCUACUUCGCGGCGUCCCAUUUGAGACUAUGAAGACAAUGGGGAGGUGGAACUCUGACGCAUUUGUACUUUACCUCCAGAAACACACUAUAGUACUCGCGCCAUAUCUGCAAGAUCAGCCAGUCUUAGAACCUUUCAUGUGUUACGCAUUGCCAACCUAA